UAGUUACAAAAGCUAGUCCCACAAUCGACCGCCUUCGUCUUGCAGAGCAUGUCGACAAUGGGUUCUAUUGAGGUGUAUGAUAAAUGGCCCUAUACUGCUGAACCGAAGGCUUCGACGUAUGCUUAUAUUCCUCUAUAAAGGCAAAGACGUGUGUUGCGAAACCCUCAUUAGACAGAGGGAUUCGUUGCCAAACGAAUAGGUUCAGUUUCUUCAGACCUUUGCCUCUGAAUUAAGUAUCAGCGAAGAGCUGUAAGAAAAUGCUGUCGUCGUGGAAAAUCAUUGUAAAGAUUUUGAUUACCGUGCAUCGCGCUAUGGGAAUUUUUUGUUUUAGAUUCGCUCUGAUUUAUGAUGAGGGAUUGGACCGACAUCAGCCAAGUAGCAACGUAGAAUCAUGGAUGAGUGCUGCUGUUGGCGAUGCUAACCGUGUUUGCCGUCCAGCAUUAGCUAGCUACAAAACAUUCCAGAUCUCGAAUGAUUCGCAGUUGCCCGGAAUAUUAGAUCAAGUACAGUCAUUGGACGGCAUGGUGGUAUCUGUCAUCGAAUGUCGAAUUGCUGAUAUUAUCGAAGCAGUUUUGUUUUCUUCUAUGCUACCAUUUCUUCGGCUGGACUUUUCGCCGUGCCCUGCAGUAACUAAUGAAUGGGAAACUGAAGGUUUAGAAUUUUAUCAGCUGAAUGACUUUAACAGGGAUACCUGUGGCACUCUUAGUAUCACCCGGUGGUUGGAACAAAAUAUGUGUUUCCCGUUCAUGGACAACAACACAAGACUUUUCCUCAUGGACAAUGUAACGUCUAGUGCAAGUAGAGAACUGCAAGAAUGUGCUGGUUUAGAUGAUCUCCAAUGGAGUAACGUCUCCUAUCCAGUGACGUUCAAUUCCCCAGAUCUACCUGACAACGUGAAAUGGCACCGUUUAUUGAAUGGGAAGCAUUUACGAUUAACGUCACUUGAGCGACCACCUUUUGUGAUUUUUGAGCGCGACUCGUAUGGAUCUGUCAUCGCGUACAAAGGAUAUUGCUACGAAAUCAUUAACGCGUUGCAAGAAGCAUACAACUUUACAUACGAAGUCGUCUUCCCUGUUGACAAAAGCUAUGGAAAAAUAAUGCCAAAUGAAAGUUGGGAUGGAAUGAUUGGAUUGAUUCUUGAGCAAGAUGCCGACAUUGGUUUGGGCCCGUUUUCUGUUACUUAUUCUCGAUAUGAAGUUGUCGACUUCUCCGUAGGGUUUCACGAAGAAACGGCCACUAUAUUGAUCCCGCCACCCGGUGAGGAAAAUCGCUUGCUAGUUUGUGUGAAGCCAUUUGUUUGGGAGGUUUGGCUUCUAUUGAGUGUUUUUGUGGUAAUCCUGCCCGCCAUUGUCUGGGCGCAUUUUAAGUGUUUACAAUUCCCUCAUGGGGAAAAAACAUGCCCAGGCUUAGCGAAACAAUACGUCUUCGUACUUGGAGUACUGAUCGGCCAAUGUAUUUAUUUUAAUUACAGGCAAAGAGCAGAUCUCAUUAUUUUUUCUGUAAAAUUUCUCGCUUUAGCCGGGCAAAAAUUCGCGUCGUUUGGGUUUUCACCUCGUUUGCUAGGAGCCGUUUGGUGUUUAAGCGCUGUCGUGUUUGCAAGUGCAUAUGUUGGAGUUCUUGUUUCAUUUUUGCGUUUUCCAAUAUUAACGCCUAUUAUCAAUAAGCUUGAGGAAUUGCCGGUUUCCCACCUGAAAUGGAUUAUUCCACGAGGAACAGCUCUCGAAUCACUUUUCUCGGAGGCGACAACGGGAGUUUACAAGACUAUUGGGGAUGGAUUGUUAGAUACUCGGGGCAGCCUUAUAGAUUCCGGCCUGGAUGGAAUUCAUCAAGUUACUCAAGGCAGCCAUGCGUAUAUUGAUGAAAAAUCUUAUCUCACUUCUUUCAUUGCUGAAGAUUACGAGCGCUCGGGCAUGUGUCGUCUCAGUUUUGCCUAUGAAGAAUUCUUCAAAGUCAAUUUAGCAUUCCCGUUACCAAAAAAAAGCUCCCUCAAACCUUUGCUGGAUAAAAAGAUUAUGCAGAUGAUGGAAGCGGGUGUUGGAAACUAUUGGAAGAAAAUUUAUUGGCCGUCUUCUGGUGGUAAAUGCGGUCGGAUCAUACAACCCAUUGGCGGACCCAAAGGUCUUGGCCUUUCAGAUUUACAAGGUGCUUUCCUUAUUUUAGCUGUCGGAUGUGGAUUGGCUCUUCUUAUCUGUUUUGCAGAGAGGUAUUCAGUCUCUGCCUUCCUCUGCUAUUUCUGUAGUUCCUUCUGGUGAGCUUGUGAAAUGGAAGUGCAAUCAAGAAAUCGACAGUAACUUGUUCAAAUCUUCGAUGGUUACUGCUUUCGUUAUCUGCUAAAAGUAAAAGGAAAUCGCUAUU